ACCGCCUAUUACGCUGACAUGUAAAUAUUUGUUUACAACUGACUCAAGAAGAAAAUCUUAAAUAAAAUAUGCAGGUGCAUCAACAGGGAACAUAACUUUUUGAAAGACAGGGAAUAUAAAUUAAACAGUGCGAUGGAUUAAUUAUUUUAUAUGUAACCCUGAGUGAUAUAACAGGAGAAAGAUAAUGAAGCAUUUUUCCAAAAUGAAAAGACUUGGUCGCUGUCACGUACAGAUUGUACUGCUUGUUAUUUUGAUCAGUGGGAUAGAUGAGAGUGAGGAAGUCUCUGUCGUUGUCGAAGAUAGGGAUGGAAAUUCUACCACUACUUCCACCACCGUGGAUGUUGACAAUCCAGCAGACUGUGAUAAGGUUUUCCUUUUUAAUGCGACAGGAACAGGACCGUUCAAUUAUGUUAUAGUUGGCGAUACAGGUGAUGCCUUUACCACUGCCGUAGAUACAAAUAGCAGUAAUGAGAUACUACAGUGUAACAUGACAGCUAUAAAAACCAAUGCCAUGACAUCGUAUAGCUUGUCAAUAACUAUCAAUGAUACUGCCGACUCAACGUCAACCACCGAAACUGUUACCGUGAUUGUUGAAAACCUUGUUAUACCAAGUGUAGCAUGUGACCAAGUUCCAAGUGUAAAAAAUGGAAGCAUUGUCGGUGGAGAUAUAUCACCCUAUUUUGAGGGUCAGAAUGUGACGUACAAUUGCACAAGCGGGUACACUAUAAAUGGUACUACGACGAUAUCCUGUAAUGGCUCUGGGGUCUGGCCCGAGACACCAUCUUGCCUCAAAGGUGCAGAUUGUGCUCAAGUUCCAAGUGUACUAAAUGGAAGCAUUGUGGGUGGAGAUCAAUCACCCUAUGUCGAGGGUCAGAAUGUGACGUACAAUUGCACUAGCGGUUACAUUAUAAUUGGUACUACGACGAUAUCCUGUAAUGGCUCUGGGGUCUGGCCGGAGACACCAUCGUGCCUCAAAGAUUGUGACUCAGUUCCAAGUGUGCUUAAUGCAGGCAUUGUUGGCGGAAAUCUAUCAUCUUACGUCGUGGGUCAGACCGUGACGUACACCUGCACUAACGGUUUCACUAUGAUGGGAACAUCGACGGUAACCUGUGAUGCAACUGGGGCCUGGACGGAGCCUCCAUCUUGUGAAAGAGAUAUAGGCUCAUCUUGCUCCUCUGAUGCGGAAUGUCAGAUCAUCUUGCACACUCAACCCUAUGUUUGUGAUAACACUGUGUGUAAAUUUGGAGUCGGAGGACAAAAUUGCACAGUAAUUGCAAACUCUUGCUUAACAAAUGGUCGAUGUACGUCGGACGCUUGUGAAUGUGUUGACGGCUUCUACCCUGCUGACAACAAGUGUUACGAGUUGAUACUGUCAAGCCCGAGUAACGGUAGCGUUAUAGUAAUCUGCGAGUCAACAGAAAUAAAUGAAGUGAUUGCAAAUCUUUCUGCUAGCUUCGCUCCUACGAGUACUGAUUUCGUUUUCAACAUUACCGACCCGUCGAAUAAAUUUACAACAGCAAACGCCACAAUUAUUGUCGUUUCGGAUUUAGACGUUGACGUUGAAUCACCCGUAACAUCCUACGCACUUAUAAUCGAACUUUCCCAUCCAAACAGUUCUCGAACAGUUUCAACAACAAUCACAAUAAGUGUGGAGGAUGAUAAUGAUAAUGCGCCUGAAUUUGGCAGUCACAACUACACGUUCAUCAUAAGUGAACAAUCUACAGCUUUAACUGCCGUUGGAACGAUAGCUGCUACGGACAAAGACAGCACGUCACCAAACAACAUGAUCGCUAACUACAAAGUUAUUGGAACCAAUAAGUUCGAAAUAACCUCGGACGGGGUGUUGAGUGUUUCAUCUGGUGAAUCGUUUAAUUACACUACGACGCCAUUUUACACAUUUCUUGUCAUGGCAACUGAUGGCGCGCUGGAAGAUAUGGAAAUGUCGACAAAUGUGUCCGUUACUGUUAACAUUAUACCAGCUACCACCACAACCACAAAAACUAAGUCGACCACGCCAUCAAUCGAAACUAAGACACAAACAUCGGCCAAAGAAAGAAAUGCUUAUAUAGGCGGCGGUAUUGGAGGCGCUCUUGUGCUCAUCAUCGUCAUCAUCGUCAUCGUCGUCAUCGUCUGUGUACGGAGGGGGGAGCGAGCAAAUAUUGAAUCCCGGUGCCUGAACGACAUUUCCGGCCAGUACAAACCGACUUUACCUGUAGAUGCCAUUCAGACAAAGGAAGGCCAUGAAAACAAUGAUAAUGAUGACCCCAAGAACCUGAACGACAUUCGCGCCACUGAGAUACACCAGAAUGAUUCCCCCCUUUCUGAAACCGAAACUCAGACAAAGGAAGACCAUAAAAGCAGUGAUAAUGAUGGCCACAAGAGCCUGAACGACAUUCGCGAUAUUGAGAUACACCAUGAGUCCCCCCUAUCUGAAGCGGAAAUUCAGGAAAACGAAAACCGUGGACACAGUAAACUUGAAAUGGCAACUAGCCUCUAAAGAAGCAUCGAAUAUUCCCAACGUUUUAAUUUCUAUUUAACACUUCCUAUGCAACAUUGUCUAUGUCCUUUGGAACACAUAAUAACUCCCUACAAUAUGAAACAUUGUCUGUUCAACAUUUCACAUGUUUUAUUUUCUAUUUUACAUUUUUGGUGUGUCAUGUUUCACAUGAACGUGUACAAUGUUUCAUAUUGUAGGGAGUUAUUAUGUACUAAAUAUAAUUGAUGCACGUUUAAUAAUAGUGCAUGCUUAACGUUUUGUAGUAUGCUAUACAUAUUGCCGACUUAUACUAGCUAUAUAUAAUAGACCAUUUCAUUAAGGAAUGAUUGCGUUCAUAUCGAAGAUAAUGACAUCAAUCACGCAAUUCAUUACUUAUAUUCACACCAAUAGUUUAUCAUUUCUGUUCAGAAACGUUUAAAAUUCUUUCAUUUAAGAAAACCUAACGGUUAUUCAAGAAAACCUUACGGUUAUUCUUUCUCACCCAUGCUGUAAAUAAAACAACCCGACCGUAACCGGAAACAGUUUAUCAAAUACGUCACAAUAACGCGGGAAAAAUUUAAUAACUUCAAAUCUUUUUAAUACGUAAACUUGAAACGCUUAUGACAACAAAUCAUUCAAACACGUCACAACAUGUUUAUUUAAGUGUUCGUUGCAUGCUGACAGAAUUCAAACAAUAACAAGAUUAGCAAUAUAAAUGUAAAUUAAUGAGGGAUGAUCCGCGAUCUGAUCAUAUCCGAAGAUGUUGCGUUCAUUGGAAAUCAUUCACAAUUGUCGCAACGCAGAUUGUUGAGGUGUAAAUAUUCUGAGAAUGAACCUGAACUACUGCAUGAUAUAUUGUUAAAACCAUUCCGAUAAGUGACUCCCUUAAUACUUCGAAUUAAUCAAGUUAAACAAACAUAUUUUAUUUGGUUUUAUUUAUUUUUGAUCGAUUGCUACAUAUACUCUUAAGUUCGGAUAGCACAAGAUUUGUUAAACACGAACCUGUAUUUUGUGGGUCAAAAUUGUUAAAUAAUAUUGAUAUAAAUUAUCAGAAUCUG